AAUCUCAUUCUGCAUAAUUUGAAGUUUUGAACCCUUCUUCAGUUCUACACAGACGAAGGUGAGAAAGCUAAAUUCAGCUAAAUUAUAGAAAAAUGGAAAACGGCAGCGUUAGUAAAGUGAUACCGGAAUCAGUAAUGGAGGCAGUGAAUAGAACUCGUAGCAACAUCGAUGAAGUGCAGGCCAAUUUGGAGGUGCUGUUAUCUUACUGUGACACAGAAACCCUUUCAACCAUGGAGCCUCUCGAUAGGGCCCAAUCCCUCUUAUUGAUUGCCAAAACAACAACCAUUCUCUUUGCUUUGAGGCUAAGAUGCAAAGGUGUUGAUCCAGAUGAUCAUCCUGUGAAAAAAGAGUUUGGGAGACUGAGCUUGUACCAAGCGAAACUGCAGCGCUGCAUUGACUUGAGCAAAGCUCCAUUGCGACCCUCGACAACCAUUAACACCCCCGCAGCAGCACGAUUUAUUGAGCAUUCACUUCCUGAUCUUUCCUCUGAACAGAAGCAAAACAUGCGGGGAAUUAGUCGUGGGGAGGGCAAUGGAUUCAAGUAUGUGAACAGAAAUCUGCAGAAGAAGAGAAAAUAUCAGUCAUCCGAGAAGCAAUCUAUUCCUUCUGUUUCUCAGGGAUUUCUGGAGAAAGCAGCACAUGAGCUUCUUGGUGAUAAUAAAAAUGGUGUUAAGGGACCAUUACAACCUGUGGAUUCAUAUGAUGAUGCCGUACUUCUGGACUGAUCCUAUGGUUCCAUUGAUCAUGUGGGCCAGCAUUUUCAAUUCAAAUCCAAGGAAGGUCAGACGUAUUCAACUGAUUGCAGAUGGCGGACGACCUCAGCAAAUGUGUACAGCCCCCGUUUGGAAUGAAUACCCAUCGUACCAGCCUGUCUGAUGAGGUUGCCGUCCUCCACCAGUUCAAGGUCCAUUUAGUUGUUUUAUAGCUGUUUGCUUGCGAUUGUAAGUAAAGUAUUUAGUUGCAGUCAGUCCUCCACUAGUUCCAAGGUUCAUUGUUUGACUAGAACGUGUUGGAAUCUUCUUUCACCUUUUCGAACCCAAUCAAGCUCUGGUUUAAGAAAUGUGCGACUUUGAGCUGUGAAAGAUUGUAUUUUGAUGUAAGGGUGGAAUAUAUACGAUGUUUGUGCUUCUUUGA